AGUCCUGUACAACAGUAGUGCAGUAAGGAAUGUCAAAACCGUUCUAAUACAGGCUGAACACUAACAAAGGGAAAUUCAUCUGAAACAUCCAGUAGUGCCCAAGGAAGUUAGGAAACUUCCCCGAUGUUCAUGGAAAAGAUAUCAGCCAUAACGACGCCAAACAGCUGAGUGGGAAAUGACAACAACAAACAUGGUUGGCGAAGUGGACCCGUCAUGCAAUCCCGUAGAUUUAAUGGCACAGGAUGCCUGCAAUCCAAGUGGUAUGUAUGGCGUCGAGAGAGAGACAGAUGAUGCUGCUGGGAGCAUUCAGAAUUCAGAACCUAGCAGUCGGCCCACGAAUGACUCAGAUUUUUCUUCAUUUGACAUUGUCAAAGCAACACAGUACGGAGCUUUGGAGAGAUGUAAGGAAUUGAUUGAAGGUGGUUAUGAUAUAAAUAAACGAGAUAAUGAAAAUGUCACACUACUACACUGGGCAUCGAUCAACAACAGAAGAGAUAUUGUGAGAUACUACAUAUCUAAAGGAGCAAUAGUAGAUGCCAUAGGUGGAGAGCUUAUGUCUACACCUCUGCACUGGGCAACAAGACAAGGCCACCUAGGUAUGGUUGUGCUACUUAUGAAGUAUGGGGCUGAUUCUUCAAUGCGUGAUGGUGAGGGCUGUUCCUGCAUACACUUGGCGGCACAGUUUGGUCAUACAGCUAUUGUUGCUUACCUGGUAGCAAAGGGUGCCAAUGUAAAUCUCAUGGACAAGAAUGGGAUGACACCUCUCAUGUGGAGUGCAUACAGAGUCACCAGCCUGGAUCCCACAAGACUGCUUCUGACUUUUGGCGCUAGUACUUCUAUGGCAGACCGUUUACAUGGUAACACAGCAUUGCACUGGGCAGUUAUAGCAAAAAAUCACAUGGCAGUCAGUGUACUAGUUAACCAUGGGGCCAAUGUUGAUAUUGCAAAUUCUCAGGGUGAAUCAGCAUACAGUCUGAUAAUGAAGAGAAAAACACAGUGGCUGGAUAAGAAAGUACUAGAUAAACUGCAAGAAAUGCAGAAAUCAUCUAGAAAUAUCUGCUAUCGAAUUUCCAGUGAUAAGAGUCUCCGCUACUGGACGAUGAUCAGCACACCAUUUAUUGUAUUUUACAUUGUUGGGCUUGUGUUGCAACUGGACAUGCUCUAUCUUCUGAAGAUUGCCCUUUUCAUGACAGUGUAUCUUGUAGUCUAUGGCAUCUCAAGAAUUCUGUUCGAUGAACGCCUGAUGACUGUCAUGCCCAUGGCAGUGUACCUUGCCACAAAGUUCUGGUGUUAUGUAACUUGGAUAUUGUACAUUCAUCCAUAUUCAGGCCUUGAAUGCACAGCUCUGUUUCUUCUCUCAUCACUUAUUCUGUGGUAUAACUUCAUGAGAGCAUGGAGAGGAGAUCCAGGAGUCAUUACAGCUGAUCAGGCGCAGAAGUACCAAACCAUAAUUGAAUUAGCAGAGAGAGAUGGCUUUGAUCCCCAAUGGUUCUGUUCAACUUGUCUGGUUCGACGUCCAAUACGUUCAAAACAUUGCUCUGUUUGUAAUCGCUGUAUUGCAAAGUUUGACCAUCACUGCCCAUGGGUUGGAAACUGCAUAGGAGCAAACAAUUUGAAGUAUUUCAUUGGAUACCUGGUAAUGCUGUGUAUGAUGUGCUGCUUUGUCCUCCAGGGCUGCUUUUACUUCUGGAAUGGUGCUUGCAACGUUUACAUUUCCAAACAAGGGCUCUGGUCCAGUCUAGGGUCAAUAGCAACAUGUGAACCCUGGGUGGCAUGGGUUGGUGCCAAUGCCAUUUUGCAUGCUGCUUGGGUUGCAACACUCCUUGGAUGCCAGCUGUACCAGGUCCUGAUUUUGGGUAUGACAACUAAUGAAAGAAUGAACUGCUACCGAUACAAACAUUUCCAGGUUGGGAAGAAGGGUGAAGUGCGAUCACCUUUCCACCGUGGAGUCUGGAAGAACUUCCAAGAUUUACUUAACUGGCAAUGCUUUGGUCUCCUCAAACCAGACAAAACAGACUGGCUUCACAUAUAUACCCUCUCUGAGUCAGCUGAAGAUAAACAACCACUUCUUUCUCAGUCAGACAUGUAUCAAUAUGUUUAAAUUCUGACAGUCACACUGGAGAGUUACAAGUGAAAUUUGAACUGAUCUGACAUACUGUCAUUCUGCUUUUUAUAUCCAUCCAUUAUUACAUUUACUAUUUCAUAUCUAGGAAGAAGUUAAAUUACCAUACCAUUACUCAUUAUCUGUUAUAGGUGUGGUGCAUGAAUGGAUUUUUCUGUUUGUUAACUUUCAAAAACUUUAUAUUUGAAGUAUGAUAGAAGAAAAGUAGAUCUCUUUAGAUGUGUCAGACUUGAAUUAAUCUUCUGUAUGUAACUUCUAUUAUCUUCUUUGUACUUCUACCUACAAAACAAAGAUAGUAACAUUGCUAUAAAACUUUUUGUAUUUUGACUUUGAUUGAUAUAAAUAUAUAGUAAAUGUACUAAAUGUAACAUUCCAUAUAGAAUGACAGAUUUCUCUGGCUCUCUAUAACUCCCUAUUUACGGAAAAGAAGAGCAGAUAUAGAAGGGUUUCAGCUGUUACCAAGAACAUAGUACCAAAGAUCAGAGUCAGAAAUCCAAGGUAUUUUAAGGUAUAGUCAACUAGUCACAAAUAUUCCAUUAUUUAUAUAACCCUUGGCCAGUUGUCUCUUUUUAUAUUUGUAAGAUGUUGUGAGGACACCAAAGAUGAGCUCCAGUGUAUUGCCUGCGGUGUGCAGCUUUCAUUCAUGGCUUGUUUGCUCAAUUUGCAUUUUUAUAAUUGUGUGAUUUUAUUUUAUCGUGUAAAGAAUAGAUUGACGUUAAAUGUGUGAACAAAAGCGACCAGUCAUGAUGGAUGAACUGAUUGAAGGUUGAGACUGCAAGCGUUUUCAGCAGUUGAAUUGAGACAUUGAUUAUUUGAGAUAGGAAGUUGGGAGUUUUGACUAUCAUUUUCUAUACUUUGUUCAUUUUAUGUGAGACAUAGAAACUAAUAUGUUGUUUUGUAAAAUAGAUGAUGUGCAGCUUAAUACUAAUGGCCGAAAUAAAGUAUGUUCGUAUAUAAUACAGUACAAUCAUAUCAUAUAUUUUGAGUGAUACACAAUCUGUCUGAUAUCCCAUUUUUUUAUAGUGUAGGUAAUGAGCAGUUAUUAGUCAUAACUCCAAACAAGGCAUCUUAUUUUGUAGGACAAUCAUUUGUAUAGAGUUCACUGUGUCUUUUUUAUGCCAUUCUUGGAGGUGGUUUCAUUUUAUUGUUACUUUUAGAUAGCUGUUUAGACUAUACCAGGUCAAGAUAAUGCCUUUUUCCUUGUUUAUGGUAAUAUGAUACAGUAUUUUUAUAAACUGCAUUAUUUUACAUUUUCAUUUAUUUAAAGCAUUUGAAAACCUUUUAUCUUAAAGGAAACAUGAGAAUGUCAGAAAGCCAAGGAGCUAAGUAAAUGUUCAGAAUUUAGGGGUAUAAUUUUCCAACUGGUAAUGGAUUCAUUUGAUAUUAGGAAAGAAUCCUCCUCAUUUUCAUAGAAAAGUGACUGUUAAAUGUUGCAUAUUCAAUUGAAAUGAGAGACAAUAUUUUUUCUCUUCCAUUUUCCUAUUUAUUUUGCAUUUUGCCAAUUGAAAUGGUAUUUUAGACAACUAAUGAGAAGUUCUAUGAGCCAAGUAUCAAAGGUUUAGUGUCCUUAUUGUAUACAGCUACUACUGUAGCUUUUGAGGUUUAUUUGGCUACACAGGCAUAUGGUUAAGUAUUAAAUGGUUAACAUCUUUAUGAAUUGCAACAAUAAAAAGAUGAAAUAUAUAUAUUCUGUAAAUAACUUGUAUUUUAGAAAUGUCAGUAGAACUGCAGUUUCCAAUGCUGGGACUUUUCAUGAGGUAAAAGGGAAGAAGUUAUAGCACAAAUUUUUUUAUGUAACAAGGCAUUGAUAUUUAUGAAUGUAGUAAUUUUGUGACACAAAGAUAUAAAAAAAAUUGUGCAAAAGAUGUAUUACAGCCCAUCUUUAUAUUGUAGCAAAGGCAAAUUAUUAUAAGCUUAUUGCAUUUAGAUAUUGAAAACAUUUGCCAUAGUGAAUGAGAAAUUCACCUUUGAUUCAAUUUUUUUUUUAGCAAGUGGGAUAAUGGUUGCAUCUAAUGUUUCUGCAUAAAUUAAGAUUUGAAAAAGGAAGAGAAUAAACAGAUCCAAAUCCCUAGUCAUGCAUUUUGAAUGAUAUUCUUAAUUUGCAGUGAGUACUUGCUGAUUGCCUCAAAAGCUUUACUGUCAUGGUUAUAAGUCAGAUGAAUUAUGUUUGUUUGAUAUGAAAAUUCCAAAAUUUGUCAUGAAUUUUUGCAAUUUAAGGAAAAGUACUUUCAUUCCAGUUUGUUAAUUUAUAGUAAACAGAAUGUUUUUUUGUUUUGUUUUUUUAAACAAGAGAUCUAUAUUGGUACUUUUUCAGUAAAUUUUACAGAAAAAUCAUUAAGUACUGUUAACAGUAAGGUUAUUUAGAAAUUUUGGUUUUGCUUGUUUGUUUUGCCAUUUUUCCCUGCAGCCUCAUCAUUGUAGAGAUAAUUAUACUUUUUAAAAUUAAGUUUGUUUCCAUAGUUAUCGUAAAGUAAUUCCUUUCAUUUUAUUCCCACAUUUAUCAUAUAGCAAUUCCUUUUGAAGUUUUCAGUUGUUUUCCACAGUUUGGUCAACAAGUUUAAAGUAGAGACUGAAUUUCUAAGAACCCUUGCACAAGUUUAUGAUAAAAAAAUAUAAGGGUGAAUUGAGGCUGUAGAACAUUCCGAGAAAAUAAUUCCAUUGUUAUUCUAAAAGAAAUGAAUUGUCACAAUUACAGGUCUUUUGUGAAUACAAAUAUUCCUUUUUAGAAAUAUCUUUUUUUUUUUCUUUAAGUAUUGAAAAGUUGUUUUAUUGUGCUGUCAGAAAUGGUUUCAUUGGUUGUGAUUUAGUUUCUAUUUUGUUAAGCAGAUAUGUAAUAGUCAUUAGUCAUCAUAAAAGUGUUUGAACAAAUGUGAUUGAUCAGUCUUAUGUCAUGCACUUCCUUGUUCAUAAUAAUAGGGAUAGCAAGGAUGGUGCCUUUUUUCGAAGGACUUAUAUAGGCAGGUAGACUUUCAACCAGUGUCUAGAAACAUGUAGGUUACACAGUUUCGACACCAUUUGUUGAUUAAGAUUGCUUUAAAUUUUUAUCUUUGAGUUUGGGUAUAUUCAAUAACUCAAAUGCAUUUCAUAAGGUGAAAUUUGUCUGUGAUGCACUAUGUUCCUUCAGAGAUAUAAUGGCAAAUAAAUUACUAUGACUUGGUGUAAUAUUUUUAUAGGAGGCAUUUGGCAACAAUGACUAAUGAAACUAAUCAGUACAGAGGGACAUGCAGGGAUUAGUAGACCAGUAUUGAAAAAGACUCCCAUAUUAUUGGAUUUACUUCUGUAUCUUUAUCUUGUCUGAAGAAAAAAUUAGGUUAAUGUUACAGACCUUCAUGUUUUGUUGUUCAGGCUAUGUACAACUGUGUAAUGGUAUUCAACUGUAAUUGUUCAAUAUGUUUUGCUCUUUUCAUAAAAUGCUUUCAUUGUAAUUAGUUGCUAAACAUAUUUGCAUGCAUGAAAGCUGACACACACAGGCUAGAGGAAACUUAAGAUAAUGCGACACAGGAAUUGCCAGUACCCAUACAUAUAUACUUACUACAUGCACAUGUGCUAUCCCUUUCUUCCUUUCUCCCUCUUCCUCUCUCUCCCUUAUACAAAUACACACAUAUUUAGAAAGAAGGAGAAACCAUUAUUAGUAGUACAGUAAUGCAGUUGCACAUGUGGAGUGUUCUGUAACUGUUUGUAUUUUCAAUGCCUAUACAAUAAAAUUGUGAGAUACUUCAA